GCCUGGCCCGAGCGCCGCCGGGGCGGGAGCGCGGCGGGAGCAGGUGGAGUGGCCGCGGCGGCGGCGCUGCCAUGGCUCCGCGGCCCGGCCCAGAGCACCAGCCCCCACCUCGGCCCUCCUCGCCUGCCCCUGGGGCCCACCAGACUUUGGCCUUUGCCGGCGCCCCAGCCUAACCAGCCUCCCCUCGCUGUCCGGUUGGGAUUUGGGGGCUGAGCCGUCUGGGGUCCCGGGGCCAAUGCAGUGCCGCCUCCUCCGGGGCCUGGCGGGAGCCUUCCUCACCCUUCUGUGCACGGGGCUCCUCUCCCUGCGGUACCACUCGAGCCUGUCCCCCGACGGCGCGCGGGAGGCCCCCGCGCUGGGCCCGCCAAGCCCUCUGUCCCCUGAGCUGCAGUUGCGCGAUGUCUUCAUCACGGUCAAGACGACCCGAGCCUUCCACCACUCGCGCCUGGAGCUGCUGCUGGACACGUGGGUCUCCAGGACCAGGGAACAGACCUUUGUCUUCACCGACAGCCCAGAUGAAGGCCUCCAGGAGAGACUGGGGUCCCACCUCGUGGUCACCAACUGCUCUGCUGAGCACAGCCACCCCGCCCUGUCCUGCAAGAUGGCUGCUGAGUUCGACACCUUCUUGGCCAGCGGGCUGAGGUGGUUCUGCCACGUGGAUGACGACAACUAUGUGAACCCAAGGGCACUGCUGAAGCUGCUAAAAACCUUCCCACAGACCCGCGAUGUCUACCUAGGCCGGCCCAGCCUGAACCGGCCUAUCCGCGCUUCGGAGCCCCGGCCGCACAACCGCACGAGGCUGGUACAGUUCUGGUUUGCCACUGGGGGCGCUGGCUUUUGCAUCAACCGCAAACUGGCUUUGAAGAUGGCCCCGUGGGCCAGUGGCUCCCGCUUCGUGGAAACAGCCGCGCUCAUCCGGUUGCCCGACGACUGCACCGUGGGCUACAUUGUCGAGUGCAAGCUGGGUGGCCACCUGCAGCCCAGCCCCCUCUUCCACUCCCACCUGGAGACCCUGCAGCUGCUGGGGGCCGCCCAGCUCCCAGAGCAGACGUGGCCGGGAAAGCCCCUGGGGUCCUCCGCCCAACAGCUCGAGUCAGAGUCCUUUGGUGGCAGCGGACAGAAACGCAACCCAGGCUGGUCAAACAAACAAGUCACCCUCAGCUAUGGCGUCUUUGAGGGGAAGCUCAAUGUCAUUAAGCUAGAAGGCCCCUUCUCCCCUGAGGAGGACCCUUCCAGGUUUCGUUCCCUCCACUGUCUCCUCUACCCAGAUACUCCUUGGUGCCCACAGCUGGUGGCCAGAUGAACCCUGAACUGCUGGGCAAAGAUUGGGCUGAGGCCUCUGGUUAUCCUUCACCUCCCCAGGCAGCCCUGGGGACCUGUGGCAAGUGCCCUUUGGUGGACAGUCCCUGGCAUGGCCUCUGAGCGGUGGGCCAGCCCAGGGUUGGAUGGUGGCUGGCAGUGAAGGCAUGCUAGGCCCCCGGGAAGUGGAUUGGACAGCCCGGGGAACAGGUGCAUCAGGUGAGGGCCAGAGAGGCCCCAGGGACUGGGCUUCUGUGGGUCUUGAGUGGCUGGAUUGAAUAAGCAUGGGGGGGGGGGGCCUUGAGCUGGGCUGGGGCUCAGGGGUCCUAACCCUCUAGAGAAUUACCUGGGCCCCUGGUGGGGUCUGGCCUUCCACCCCCAGCUCUGGUCUCUGUCCUUCCCCCUGGGGCCAAGCACUGGGCCGCCGGCCUACUCCCAGCUCCCUCGGCUGGAUUCCCAGCCACGGAGGGGACCCAGGUGGAAUAGUGGCAGAAUCCAGGGUCUGUGGCAGAUACGGGUGUUGCCGACCAGUCUCCAGCUCCUUGCUCCCACCCCUUGCUAACAGGUCCCAUUUUGUCUGGAGAAUCAGCCUGCCCAGACUCAGAUCCUGGUUCAUGAUGGACCCCCGCCGGUCGUGAUGAUCUUUUUGGUCAUUCUCCCAGCCUCCCUUGCUCAGUCUAUUAGUAUGAACUAAACGAAGCCAAUAGGGAGGCUUCUGGAGAGGCUUCUGGGGAAGACCAGGCCCGUAUCCCCUCUUCCUGCUGUGAAUGUGGGUGCGAUGUCUAGAUCCGGAGUGGCUGCCUCGUUAUCACGAAGGAAAGGCCAUGACAAUCAUGCACGCUUGUCCCUUUUGGCAUCUGGUUCUGUAAGAAAAUUAAACCCUUAUUUGUUUAAACCUC